ACCCGGAAGCCGUUCUGGGGUCGCAGUGGGGUAGCCGCUUGUUUCGCCUUCACGGGAGUAGAAGGAGGCGGCGUCCGUCCGCGGCCGACGGUGGUUUGCUUCCCCGAGAGUGCGCGGAGGCCCGGGUGCGAGGAGGGCCUGUUUUUCUUCAGCCCUGGUUCAUUCACCUCGCGGACCUAGGGCCCCGCCGUCAGGAGCCGGCGACCGUGCCCUGGUGCGAGCUGGUCGUGAUGGUCAUUGUCCUCCAGAGCAGUGAUGGAGGAAAUACCAGCCCAGGAAGCAGCAGGGUCACCAAGGGUACAGUUUCAGUCUUUGGAGACCCAGUCUGAGUGUCUGUCCCCAGAGCCUCAGUUUGUGCAGGACACCGACAUGGAACAGGGACUCGCUGGGGGAUUUCCAAUUUCCAAGCCUGAUGGGAUCUCCCAGCUGGAACAGGAUCUACAGGUCUUUGAUCUGGAAACUAAGACUAGAGAAGUCUUAAGAGGUGACUGCUCAGAUGGAGAGACCAGAGAAGAAAACAAGCUGUUGAUUCCUAAGCAGAAAAUUUCGGAAGAAGUACAUUCGUACAAAGUGAGAGUAGGAAGACUCAAACACGAUAUUACCCAAGUUCCUGAGACUAGAGAAGUGUAUAAGUCUGAGGACAGAUUAGAAAGGCUUCAGGAAAUUCUAAGGAAAUUUCUGUACCUGGAGAGAGAGUUUAGGCAAAUAACAAUCAGCAAGGAAACCUUCACCAGUGAGAAGAACAAUGAAUGUAAUGAACCCGAGAAAAGCUUCAGUCUGGACUCUACUAUUGAUGCGGAUCAGAGAGUUCUUAGAAUACAGAAUACUGAUGACAGUGAUAAGUACGACAUGAGCUUCAGCCAGAAUUCAGCCUCUGGUAAACAUGAACACAUAAAUCUAACACAGGAUUUUCAGAGUAGUGAAUGUAAGGAAAGCUUAAUGGAUCUCUCCCACCUUAAUAAAUGGGAGAGCAUCCCUAACACUGAGAAAUCCUAUAAAUGUGAUGUAUGUGGGAAAAUUUUCCAUCAGAGUUCAGCCCUUACUAGACAUCAGAGAAUCCAUACUAGAGAGAAGCCCUACAAAUGUAAAGAAUGUGAGAAGUCUUUCAGUCAGAGCUCAAGUCUUAGUCGACAUAAAAGAAUACACACUAGAGAAAAACCUUACAAAUGUGAAGCAUCUGAUAAAUCCUGUGAAGCGUCUGAUAAAUCCUGUAGUCCAAGCUCAGGCAUUAUUCAGCACAAGAAAAUUCACACCAGAGCCAAAUCUUACAAAUGUAGCAGUUGUGAAAGAGUCUUCAGUCGUAGUGUCCACCUUACUCAACAUCAGAAAAUUCACAAAGAGAUGUCCUGUAAGUGUACUAUAUGUGGCAGUGACUUCUGCCAUACUUCAUACCUACUUGAACAUCAGAGGGUCCAUCAUGAAGAGAAAGCCUAUGAGUAUGAUGAAUAUGGGUUGACCUAUAUUAAACAACAAGGAAUUCAUUUCAGAGAAAAGCCCUAUACGUGUAAUGAAUGUGGAAAAGACUUCAGAUUGAAUUCACAUCUUAUUCAGCAUCAAAGAAUUCACACAGGAGAGAAAGCGCAUGAAUGUAAUGAAUGUGGAAAAGCUUUCAGUCAAACCUCAUGCCUUAUUCAGCACCACAAAAUGCAUAGGAAAGAGAAAUCAUAUGAAUGUAAUGAGUAUGAGGGCAGUUACAGUCAUAGCUCAGAUCUUAUCCUGCAACAAGAAGUCCUCACCAGACAGAAAGCCUUUGAUUGUGAUGUAUGGGAAAAGAACUCCAGUCAGAGAGCACACCUGGUUCAACAUCAGAGCAUUCAUACCAAAGAGAACUCAUGAAUGUAAUGAAGAUGGGAAGACAUUUAGUCAAAUUCAGGCUUCAUUCAGCAUCUGAGCGUUCACACCAGGGAGAAAUCAUGUAUGUACUGCAUGUGGUAAAACCUUCAGUCAUAGCUCAACCAUUGCUCAGCAUCAGAUAAUUCACACCAGAGGGAAACCCUCUGAAUGUGACGAAUGAAGAAAAGGUAUUAGUGUUAAACUCCUAAUUGACUCCGGAAAUCUAUACCAGUGAGAAAUCUUAUAAAUGUAUUGAAUGUGGUAAAUUUUUCAUGCUGUUAAUAUUUUCAUAUCUUAGUCACAUUCAGAUAAUUCACACGGGAAUAAAAUUCCAUUGCUGCAGUGAAUGUGAAAAAGCCAUCAGUCAAAGAAACUACCUUGUUUAGUAUCAAAUUCAUGCCAUGCAAAAAGAUUAUAAAUGUAAUAAACAUGUAUGUGUGUGAGGAGAUUCAGUCAUAACCCAACACUCAUUCAACAUCAAAUAAUUUAUACCUAAGAUAACUUAUUUGGGUGUAGUAAAUGGCAAAUCUUUCAAUAGGAGUUUAGUCUUUGUCAUAUCAGAAUAUCCAUAGUAGACAAGAAUUUGAUGUAAUGCAAAUGGAAAAACUUGACACCACAUUUCAGGCUUUACCCAACAUCGAAAUAAUGGAGAGAAAAUUGUUGAUUAUUUGUUUAUGAAAUUGUUAAUACAUUGUCCCAAUCUUUUUCAUUACACAAAAAUCUAGGGUUGACUUGGUAAAUGCAGUGCCAUUUUCUCAUGGAGUUCCUUUAUUUAAUAUGUAUUCUAAGUAGGUACAUUUAUUUUUACUUUUUUAUUAUAAUUUUGAUAUUAAAAAGAACAGAGAUGGGGUCUUGCUUUGUUGCCCAGGCUGGUCUCGAACUCCUGGCCUUGAGCAAUCCUCCCACCCGUCCUCCCAAAGUGCUGGGGUUGCAGGUGUGAGUCACUGUGCCGGGCCUAUUUUAUUUAUAGAACUCAUUUAAGCUGUUUUUAUUUUAAUAUGCCCUAUAAACAUUUUUAUUUUUGAAAUUGGUUCUUAGUGUUCACAACUUCCAUAAGAUACUGCUAAUGCACCAGUGUUAAAACACAUCGACAUAAGUAGCUCAUUUAGCUUUUUCUGCUGUUCUUGGCCUAAGUUCUCUCCAAAACCAACUCUUAGGCCUGCUUUUUACUAGGGAUCCUAUGUCAUAUUGUUUUACAGCCACAACACUUGGAUUCCUGUUGAUUAACUUCUCCAUUCUCUUAAGCACCUUUAGAAGACUUAGAAGUUUCCUAAUUUUAAGCGUUUCACCAGCAAGUAUUCCAUACCUACUUGAUGUUGCUGGUCUGGUGUCUUAUUUCCUAAAGCGAAGCAUCUUUUUUAGAAAAAUAAUUGGAUUGAAAAUAUAUCCAGUCCAAUAUAAGUAUGAAGGAUUCUCUCUCUUGAGAUUGUAGCAGGCAGCCAGACAUUUUCAAAUGAUGCCCAAGGUUUUAGCUGUCUUAUGUGCAUCCACAGUCUGCGAAGAAGAGAGAUGAUAAGGACAUCAGGGAGCCACCAAGACUCCUGGUAGCCUCACUACAUUCAUCCAGUGCCUAUUCUGCAUGCCUAAGCUUAGAGUUCUUUUAUAUACCUCUCAGGCCAGCAAAAUGCUCAGGUCUGCUUUUGGUAGGGUAAACAUAAGAUACACAGGCUGGGCGUGGUGGCUCACACCUGUAAUCCCAGCACUUUGGGAGGCUGAGGCAGGUGGAUCAUGAGGUCAGGCGAUCCAGACCAUCCUGGCCAACUUGGUGAAACCCCGUCUGUACUAAAAAUACAAAAAUUAGCCGGGCGUGGUGGCGUGUGCCUGUAAUCCCAGCUACUCAGGAGGCUGAGGCAGGAGAACCGCCUGAACCUGGGAGGCAGAGGUUACAGUGAGCUGAGGUCGUGCCACUGCACUCCAGCCUGGGCAACAGAGCGGGACUCUGUCUCAAAUAAAUGAAUAAAUAAAAUAAAUAAUAACACACACACAAAUCAGUAUCAUAAGGGAAUGUAGCCUUCCAACAGAGAUGAUGCUGUUCUUAUGUUAAUCUCAGAGACAGUAUUUCAAGAGAGUGGCAGGUCUGUUCCUGGUAAAAUUUUAACCAUUAGGAUUGCAGAUAAAUAUUGAAUUCUGCUCCCCCCUCAUCAAUCCAGGACAGUAUUUGAAGUGUGAGGGCUUUGUGUAUAGUUGUUUAUCCAUUGCCACAUUUUUGUAUUUUAAUAGUCUACAGGCUAUAUAAAAGAACAUGGCUUUUUGAUUGAUAAAAGUGAUUACAGAUGUUGGCUCAAGUUCAGGGCCACCAUCAUACACCGAACAAGAGUUCAUGAUUCUUUAGGUAAUGUCAAAACAUUUUGUAUUUUUCUGUCUUAAGCUUUAUAACAUUUUGUGAGUGAGACAGAUGUUGUUUAAAAUUCUUGUUGUCAGUCCAGCAAUUGAGGCUUUCAUAGUUCAGUGUUAAUAAUAUUCAGUAGAGUCCCUCAACAAAUAUAUAAAAAUAUAUUGCUCACUCUGUAAUCUUCCUAUGGCUAACCUCUAGGAUAGUUCUGCCACUAUAUUUUACUUCUUUGCCAUCAGCAAGAAUAGGAUCUCAUCAAGGCAAGGUAGGAAUCUAAAUGAAAUUGAUAUAUAAAUGAAUUGAUCUAAAUGUAAAAGCAAAUGAAAAAUGCAUGUGUUUUUUCCUAUCAAACAUGUAUACCCUUAUGUAUAGAGACCAGUAGUCACCUGUGGUGACUGAAACAGGAUUAUGUAAUCCCAAAAGCAGAAUAUGUAAAAAUCACAUGUAUGCAUUUGGUUUAGGAAUGUGCUUUUGUACUUCCACUUGAAUAAAGAUGUGUUUGGUAUUCUGAGAA